UUGCGAUAUGCUGCCUGUGUAAUUAUUUGAGUGUACAGUAAUCUAGUGAUGAAGUGACGAACUCCUGGAUGAACUGAACUCGCAUCUAUAUUUCGACGACUUCUUGUUUUUUUAUUGAAGGACACCAUUCUGACUGACGACUUUACUGUUUUACUUACUAAGUUGAAGAUCAUCUUCUUGUGGAUUAAAAGUUAAAUGUAUUCUUUCUGGUAGCAACUUCUUUUAUUUUAUUUUUGUGACCAUGGCAUUAAUUAUAAUUUUUGCAUAUUUGAUAACUGUCUUCAAUCUGGUGAGCACCAGCUGCCCGGCAGUGUGUGAGUGUCCAGCGGCGCCCCCUAUGUGCCCUCCAGGGGUGAGCAUGGUGUCUGACAGCUGCGGCUGCUGCAAGGUGUGUGCCGCCCAGCUCAACCAGGACUGCAGUCCCACGAUGCCUUGCGACCAUCACAAGGGGCUGGAGUGUAACUACGGCAACGAUGUGACCCUGGCUUUGGGCAUCUGCAGGGCGAGGAGGGAGGGCCGGAGCUGUGAGUACAACGGGCAAAUCUACCAGAACGGGGAGAGCUUCCGGGCCGGCUGUAAACACCUGUGCACCUGCAUCGACGGCGCUGUGGGCUGUGCCCCUCUCUGUGCCAACCGGCUCCCGCCCGCCUCGCCCGCCUGCCCCUACCCACGGCUGGUCAGGGUGCCGGGGCAGUGCUGCUUCAGCGUGGAUUGCCACAAGGGCACGUGGCGGCUGCCACCCAAAUAUCAGAAGCCUUGGCAGCCUCAGCCUCGACCCCACCAGCCUGAGAGCGACAACACCGUGGGCAACGAGCUGGCCGAGAGGGGCAAGGGCUGGGAGGACGAACAGGGAUACAAACACCUGCCUGUCUGGAAGCAUCCUCAGGAGAAGUGUGUUGUCCAGACCACCGAUUGGUCCCAGUGCUCACGGAGCUGUGGGAUGGGCGUGUCCUCGCGAAUCACCAACGACAACGCCCAGUGCAAACUGGAGAGAGAGACGCGCAUCUGUACCAUUCGACCUUGUGGGAGCAUAGCUUUACCCUCAAAGAAAGGGAAAAAGUGUUCCCCUACCCAGAAAUCCCAGGAGCCCAAGCGUCUCUCCUACGGCGAGUGCCAGAGCGUCCGCCUCUACCGGCCCAACUACUGCGGCGUGUGCACGGACGGCCGCUGCUGCUCCCCGCGCCGCACGCGCACCGUGGCCGUGACCUUCGUCUGCCCGGACGGCGAGCGCUUCCAGCGCCAGGCCAUGUUCAUCCAGUCCUGCAAGUGCGGCGAGGACUGCGGCCACCUCAACGAGGCGGCGCUGCCCCCGCAGCACUGGAUGUACGGAGACACGCACAAGUUCGUCGACUAGGCCAGACCAGCCGGGUGGGAUCCCGGUCGUCUUUCCGGAAGUUUUUGAAGACGGACUUUGCUCCCUCAAACUUUAAUAAGACAACCAACCUUGAACUAUCUGACUAUAAUGGGCGGGCCUCAAAUAUGUUGUGUGUGUGACUACGGGGGUGCGGGAAUGAUUGACAGGUGAUUGACUCCAGGGGUUCCACCAGACAUGGGUCUUAGAAUAGUCCUGCAGGGUGAGUUAACGAGCAGCACACAGGUGCUGGAACAGGUGACUACAGUGACCUGAUCAUGAGGUCUUCACCACAAAGAAUAAGGAGAUACACACAGCAUCACAGAGCUGUUCAGUGUAGGGAGAAUCUAGGGAUCUGUAUGGGGAUAACAAAUUGGACAUGUUGCCCACAUCCAGCUCCAUAAGCGUAAAGCAAAGGCAGUACAGGAACCAUUGUGUUGUUUUACCGAGAGAUCCCAUCAUGCACUGACUACGAUGAGGUAGGAGUGAGGGAGGGCCAGCAUUGGCUAAAAGAUAAACAUGGACGACCGUGGACGUUAGACACGCUGCGCGCUACAACAAACACUAUUUAUUAUUUUUAUUUUUUUGUCGCAAAGAACUCGAGACGCAAACGGCGAGCUAUGAAGAGGAACGUGGUUCUUGAUGCGAGCAGAGGGGAAGAUGACGAGCCACCUGUAAGCAGAGAUUUAUGGAUGGUAAUUAAAGAUAGCCGUUCUCCUUUUAGCUCCAGUGACUUCUACACUAUAAGGAGCUCUGUGGAGGACUGAGACGCAUGCAGAGAGGACUGGACUCAUUCCAAGUCAUUUCAGAUGACCUCUGUUCACUCAACAUGAAGGAAUCCAACACAGAUCAGUUGUUUUUAUUUGUAACCCGAGCCAUGUCAAUCACCAACCUUGUAAUGUUUAAUAACCUAAGACUGUAAAAUACAUUUAUUUAAUCUA